AUGUCCGUGUGGGACAAAUUUCGGGCUAGGGUUCUGAAGCCUCAGCUCCAGGAAAGAGAGAACCGGAAGAAUCGUCUUGACCAACACGAUAACAGACCCAUCAAUCCUACGGGAAGUCCGGUCAAUGAACGUACACUUCCUCCAAUAGCAAGCUCUCCGAGUACCUUGACCCCCGUCCAUAUCGCAGCAGAGGGCAAUAUGGAGGUCGAAGAUUACGGUGAAGGGCCUUCCCAAUGGCCAAGCCAAAGCGACACGGAAUCAAGCUUUUCUUCGUUCGGCCCAAACGCAGACAGCGAAUCUGAGCAAAGUGAGGAAAAGUCCGACCAGGACCAGCACAGCUCCCAGCAGAGCAGCGGUGACGAACUGCCCUUCAAUACGGACCAGGAUGGAGUCGACAUGGAGGAAGACUAG